AUGCAAGCUGCGAAGUGUGGUCAAGAAAACAGACGUUCAAGCUUCUUAGACUACUGUUGCUAUCAUUGUGGUGUCAUUGGUGGCAAGAGAGUCAACGUCACCGACUGUCGGAUCAGGAUCGAUGAUUUCCGCGUAAAGUCGAUACAUUCGUUGGGGACCGCUCGCUUCAAAUCAUUGAUGGCCUGCAUGCACGCUUUGCUGUUACACAAUGCUGUGAUCUGUGUAUCAGUCACUGCCAAGGAGCUUCGAUAA